AUGACUCGCUUUGGUUUCCUCUCUCUGGCUCUGCUCUCACUCCAGGCCUUCGUUGGUACCGGCUUUGCGGCUGAUACUGAGAAGGUCCGAGAUGAGGCUCACAGCUUUGCUGUCUCUGCUGAGGCUUCUUUCCCUUCCUCUGAGAUCUUCGGCAUCAAGCUUGUCAACGGUCACCCGACCCAGGCCCUGAUCACUUUCACCAACGAGGAGCCUAACCCGGUCACCGUGAACUUCGUCGGCGCUAGCUUGUGGACUCCAGAGGAGGAGGGCAAGGUCGUCCGUAACUUGACUACCACUCGUUACGGUAUCGAGAUCCCCGCCGACUCCAAGGAGAGCGUGAGCUACAGCUUUGCCACUGAGAUGCACCCCCAGGAUCUUCGCCUGAACAUCGCAGCUAUUCUGUCGGAUGAGGAAGGCCGAUUCUUCACUGUCCAGGCCUUCAAUGGCUCUGUGAGCGUGGUCGAGCCCGAGACUAGCAUCUUCGACCCCCCAGAUGUAACCUAUCCCCAUCCUAUCGCAAAUUCCAUCUUCCUCUACUUCUUCCUCCUGGCCUGUGCUGUUGGUGUCGUUUACUUCUUCUACACCGUCUGGGUCGCCCCCUACUUUCCCCAGAAGCGCAAGAGCGGCAAGCCCGCCGAGAAGCGCGCUGCUGGCUCUACUAAGCGCACCGAGACCCCUACCGUCGAGGAGAGCGCUAGCCCUGCUGUUUCCUCCGCCAGCGCCUACAACGCUGACUGGAUUCCUUCCCACCACAUCAACCGCCCUGAGGCCCGAAAGGUUAAGGGUGCCGGCAAGACUAAGGUUCGCGCGUAA